CACCUCUAUUUUUUCUGGAUCUUUCUUCCAGGGGCGUCGAAAAGAGUCCAACCUGUGUGGUCCAGCCCAUCAUACGGGAGGAGGGAAGACCGAAGUAUCAUUUGCCACGUGGAUCAAAGUCUUUUGAUAUCCCAAGUGAACCACCAAAACAUGUCAGCCGGAACAGUAGCCUCAACGUCACCUUAACAGAGUUUAAACAACUGGAAGAAUUCGUGGACAGAAAAUCUCCUGAAUGUAAGGGCGGUACACCCCUGGAUACCAAGGAGGAAGAAACCAAAACAUCGCCACAAAGAAACAAGUCAGUAGUUGGUCUGAUAGAAAAGUUCCAGAGCCCUUCUAGUUCACCGAAGGUCCAGCCUAAAGCACAGGAGAAGACGGCCUCAAAACCCCAACAAGGUGACAAACAAAUCCGACGGAAAUCACUGACACUGACCAAGCCCAACAUGGCCCCGCCGCCGCCGCCACAGAGUAAAGAUACGACUGAGUACAGCACUGUGAAGGGAGCAGUCACGACAAGCCCUACCAGCACCAAGAAUGAAGACAGCACUCGAAAAACGAAAGCAGGAAAAGCAUUAACACCCCUCACGCUUUCGCACGAACUUGAGAGCAUACCGUCUCCCGCCGACUAUGACGACGUGGCUAAUUGGGAACCAUUCUCUGAUAACAAGAAGGGGCCGCCGGUCUUUCCCAGUGCAGCACCCGGACAUCAACCUACUCGUGAGAAUAACAACGACCAAAGUCUCCAAAGGCCAGCUUUUCUUUUUCCUCAAUCUACACAGGAGACGGCAGAGCAAGAGGAAAAGACGUCUGUCUUAGAAAAGGCGAAGAUGAUGGAGAGGCAUCUGAGCCCUGAUAAACCGUCCAGCGCCCCGGUGACGCCAGAGCGCCCGAGACGACAAACUGGAAGUGAUAGUUCUGAGGGUAGCAAGGACCGUGCCAGGCAACGCGAACGUCGUCAUUCCGAGGUACACACUGGAACCAAGAAAAAGAAGGCCCCGGCUCCUCCUGUCCCUGUGAAGAAGAGAUCAUCUGUACUGGACAUGAUCACGGCAUUUCAACAAAACGCAGCGUCAGAUCAACACGUGUCACACACUGACAAACCUAGCUCUCCAAGAAAAUCACCUGGCUGUGACCACGGGCCAUCUUCACCAAAACUACAAUCAAAAGAUGAACAUGACGGUUUGGAAAAACGAAGCGCUAGUGUUUCGGCUAUGGCCUCGCAGAUUCAGACAAAACUCUUCCCCGAAUCACGAAACGUGACAGAAGACACACCGAGGCAGGAGCCCACUCACAGCGGUCCUAAGCAAGUUCCCACCCCUGGAGGCGUGCUAGCUCAGGCGAAAAAGCUUCAGAAGAUGAUGUCCUCUCCUAACUUGCUCCAAACCGCCACGGACAGCGCAGGGUCGGCAGGUCAUCAGAGUGACGGACAAAAACAGCGUCAUCACAGCGGUAGCACGGAUGGAAGUGGUGGGAGUGUGUCGGCCCUGGCCAUGGAGAUUCAGAAGCAACUGUCUUCUCCAAGACAAGAAAACCCCACCCCAACCGAGCCGACGGACAGCGCACGCUCCCCUACAAGCAACAGGCCCACCCUACAACGCCAGGUUUCAAACACGUAUGAGACCAUUCCAGGCGAGGGAAUAAGUAACGACGUCUACAUGCCACUGUUUCAAACCGAGGGAGAGAAACCCAAGCACGAUUACCAUGUCGUCGACUACAGUCACCUGGAAGACGAAAGUACUGAAGAUAAAGGCACUCCAGAUAACAUGUACCUUGCGGUCUUUGACGAUGAGAAUGGCGCGGCGCCCCCUGCACUUCCCCCGAAACCUAAAAUGGGUCUGCCCAGAGUUAUCGACAAAACAAUGACUUUAGGGCGCACGUUCCAGGUGCCCUUUACAAAGCCCAAACCGCCUUCCGACUCGAGCCCAAUGGGGUUCAGACCAAUCGUUAUCCAGUCGAGAGACGGGGACACAAGAGACGGGCCCAACCCCGAGACCGUCAGAUACUGGAGCCGCGAUGACGUCAAGAAAUGGAUUAAGUCGUCUUGGCCUGAGCAUCUGCAGCCCUUGCGGAAAAAGUUCUUCAGUAAGAAGAUAAACGGAGAGGCGCUGAUGUCCCUGACCAUGUUACGUCUGGAGAGGGACUUCGACGUGGACAACCUGCAGGACAAACACGUCAUCCUGGACAAGAUAGAGGGCCUGCGCCGCUUCCACGCCGUGCAGAAGCUGCCGGACCAGGCAGAUGAGGACCUGCUGAAUAAUGUCCCCAUGUAUCAGAACUACGACUUGCUGCUCCAACAGCAGGUGGGGGCAGGGCGGACUGAUAGAAUCGUGACCAUCUCCCGCGCCCAGGCCCCGGCCAUGUGGAGACAGCUUUCCAUGGUGCAAAGGAGGGUUCAGCUGAAAGACCUGGAUGCCAAGAAGACCAAAUUACAAGAGGCCAAGUACGAGAUCCUCAGUAGCCAGUCGUCCUACAUGAGGAGCCUCCAGAUUCUGGCUGAUCAUUUCGAGGAUGAUGAAGUCCUGAUGAGCAUCCUGGGACCGCAUUUCCACAGGAGGCUGUUUCCUUAUGUCAAAAGCAUCUUGAAAAUCACCAUCAGCGUGUUCACGGAGAUGAAGAAAUCACUCCACGAUGACGUCAUGAUGACGAACUUCUGCAAGAUCCUGUGGGAAAGCUGCAGUCGGUACUUCCACGACUACGAGAAGUACUGCCGCUCCAUGCGCUACCAGGAGAUCCUACUGGAGAAGCUCUGUUUGACCGACCAACUGUUCAAGGAGCGACUGGGAAAAUUGGAACGAGAGCCGUGUUGCCGUGGCAACAACCUCAACUCGUUCCUCGUGAUGCCCAUGCAACACGUGACCCGCCUUCCUCUGUUGUUAGAGGCCGUGUUGAAGCACGCCAAGUCAGGAUCCGAUGACGAGAAGUGGGCUACUGAGGCACUCAAGGCGAGCAAAGUGGCUGUCAAGAGGUGCAACGAAGCGGCUCGGAGCAUGAAAGACUCCAUGGAACUACAGGGUCGACUAACAUUUAACAAGACUAAGGGAGCUGAGGUUGCCUCCCCAGAAAGGUGGCUGGAGAAGACUGGAAAUGUCACAGAAGUGAGAGAAGGAAAAACUAAGACAUCUGUGCAGUUGAUCGUGUGCAACGAUCUAGUUUUGCUGGCACAAAAAGAGCAAAAGAAGCUUGAAGUUUUGGACUACGCCGCCAGGGGGCUUGUGGAGGUACAGCCCGUGGGGGCUGCUGUGUGCCGCGCCUUCGGGAAGGACAAACAGCUGUACCAAGUCACCUUCCGCGCCAACCACGAGGGCAAAACCGCUGAACGCGUGCUGUACCCGGACUCCAAAGAGGACACUAAGCUGCUUGAGUCCCUGAUGGACGUGCCUGCGGACCAGCUGCAUGGAGAAGGCCAGGCAAACCUGCCGGGUGUUCAUGGCGACAAGUUUGCUGUCGUCAUAUACGAGUGCGACAACCAACUACCGGAUGAAAAUAUGUCCUUUCAGAAGGACGACGUCCUGAAAGUUGAAGGGACAACUGAUGGUACCGGAGUGUGGCUCCAGGUGUCCCGAGUUCGAGACGGAAGGAUCGGGAUUCUUCCUCAGCGGGUUCUGCAGCCAUGUGCGCGGGGAACGCCCGGAAAUAAAUAAGUCAGCUCAAAACGACCUGACAAAACGUACUCUUUUAGAAAAAAGAAUCUAGUAACAGUAUUGUACCUAACAAAAGUACUGUCAAAGUAGACAAUGCAGUGCACUUAUGUUGUACUAAGUAUGAUAAUGAUGAAAAUAUCCUAUUUAGUUUUAGAACAUUGAAAUAUUAUAUUCCUCAUGCGUUUUCACCAUCAAGAAGAAGCGAGAAGAAGCAGAACUUCUGUACUAGACAAAACCAAUGAUACGUUUAUAUGUUUGUCUUAUCGUAUUUCGCUCGGUUGAGAAAAAAAUGUAGAACAAAGGUCUUCAUUCACUCAUUUAAUAUAUAAUGGGGGUGUUCUGCCCAAUCAUCCACUGCUGAAAAUGCAUGAUUUUCUUAAUAAUCUUUUUAUCUACUUCCAAACAUAAAAGUGAUUAUUUACUUUUGAAAAUUGUAUCAAGAAUGUAAUGGUUGGCUGAAAGACAUUUAAUUGUAUGCUUUAUAAGUAGUAUAUUACGUAAGCGCAUAAUAUGCCUUUGCUGUGGUGGAAUGGUUUUGACACUGUGACGAAUUACGAACAAAUCUAAUUACUCACAAACUGUGAUACUUUGAUACUGCAUGCUUUUUAAUCUUCAUACAUGAUCCUUGAAGUCUUCUACUCUUUUGGGAGGUGUAGGUGGGUGGGGGUGGGGGUAUUUAUCGAAGUGUCCACCCAUCUGUAUGAGCAACGAUGUUCUCACACUUUUGUGAACUGCAUAGUUAUCCCUAAGUUAUGAUUAGACGUAUUACGACGUUAUUACUUAAGUAACUUUGGUUAAAAAAUAUAUUCCUUCAAAGAUCGUGUGCGCAUUUCUUACCAACAAUGAUAUAUUGUUGUGGAAAUGGUGUUUGUAUGUACAGGCAUGUAUGUAACACUAGGGCACACUAGUAACGAUAUCGAAUCGCAGCAGACGAAUAGUUUGUAUUUAUACUUGUAUUAUUGGGCAUGGUGAAAACUGGAACACAUUGUGUAACUAUGUUCUACUGGAUUAAAUGAUAUUUACCUCA